AUAGAUUGCGGAAGUAAAGCAACACGGAAGUGUUAUUUCCAGGGUUAAUAGUCACUCGAGUGGUCGAUUCAGUCUCGAAAAAAAGAUGGAAUUUGGUGAUGAUCUACACGAAGAAGGUUAUUUAGAAAAACAGGGGAAAUUGAAAUUUUCCUGGAAAAAGUAUUGGUUUGUUCUGAGGAGAGAUAAACUGCACUAUUACAAAGAUCCACAAAACAGGAAUGAUGCACAUGCUGGUCUUAUUGAUGUGUGUAGAGCACAGUCUGUGAGGAGGUGCUUCCAAGUACACCAUGGGCAUGCUUUUGAAAUUGUUACAAAAAACAGGAUGCACUUGCUGUCUGCAGACACAGCAAAGGCAUGUGAUGUUUGGGUGAAAAAACUUCAGCAAGCUAUGCAGUAUGAAAGACGUAACAGUGUACGCCUUAGUCACGCUCAUUUGGAGCCACAACCAUCAUU